CUAACACAGGUGAUCAAACAAUUUGAACGUGCAAAUAUUCCACAACUUUUGUUUCUUGCGCUAACGACUUCGAGAAAAACAAUCCCAUCGCAAAAGAAUUAUUAACCAGUCCUAUCAUAAUCACCUCCAAUAUUUUCCGCCAAAAAUACACAAAAUGAAAGUUACCCUUGCCAUCUUUUUCUGUGUUAUUCUUGGCGUUACCACUGCUAAACACUUGCUCGACGAAGAAUACAAAGGUUUUGAAACUGCUGAGGACUUAAGUCUUGCCCGCCAGGAGGACAUUGAGUAUGAUGACCCUGAGGAGAUGAUGAGAAAAAAGCUUCACGACUUAUCGGAAGGUUUAAAAAAUCUCGCCGAGUGUCUGAAAGAUGGCAGCAGCAAAAAGCACCAAUGCUUCAAAGAGUUCAAGGAUAGUACUAAGCUUCCUGCCAAAGGCCACAAGUGCAUCACCGAAUUUGAGAAUUGUGAGGAUGUCCCAGGACGCUUUUUUCCAUGUGCCGAAGAGUUUCGAAAGUGUUUACAUCGUAAAACGGGCCUUGUUUAAAUGGCAUUGCGGAUACCCGGUUGCAGGAGUUGAAAGUUGGGAAAUUGUUUAGUGAAAUGUAAUUGACAACAUGAUGAAGAAUAAAGACAUGUAGAAAUAA